AAAAAGGUAAAGCCCGUAAUCACAUAAACAUCAAAGAGAGGAAAACAUCUCGCAAAGAACUUGCGUUGAAAACAUGAGAUUGGUUUCUCAAGAAAUUGGAAUGCGGCGACAAGGCAGCAGAGAUUAGGAAGGAAGGCGCAAAUAGUAAAAUAGUAGUUGUUUCAUCGUCUUUUUUUUUUUUCUUUUCUUUUGCGGCAGGUGACUCCGACCGCGAUGAUCCUGUCUCUCUCUUCUUUCUCUGGCUAGCUCCUUACUUCUUCAAUGGCCUCCUCGAGGCCACGCGCUCGAUCCACCUCUCUUCGCGAUUCUGACGCUCCUAUGGAGGGUGCUUCUGGCUGGGACGCCAUCGAAUGGACCAAGAUUGAGCCGUUUUCGAGGUCGGUUUCUCUUGGGAAUUUGGAAUGCUUGCUUGAGGCGGAGCAGAUUGUUGCUGAGGGACAAGGGGUUGUUCUGGUUAAUACUGAUGAGGCAGGUACCCUGUUGGUGACCAAUUUUCGUCUUUUUUUUCUGCGCGAGGGAACUAGAGAUAUCAUUCCACUUGGCACGAUACCACUGGCAACAAUUGAGAAGUUCAGCAAAAUAGUUGUGAAACCACCUUCAGCCCCUCGUCAAUUUGAUAAGGCUCCAUCACAAAGACUUCUCCAGGUCAUUGGCAAAGAUAUGAGAAUUAUUGUCUUUGGGUUUCGCCCUCGAACAAAGCAGAGACGGACAAUAUUUGAUGCAUUAUUGAGGUGUACAAGGCCUACAAGAUUAUGGGAUCUUUAUGCUUUUGCUUCUGGACCUUUCAAAUUCACGAACACCAAUCCAAUGGUACGGUUACUAGAUGAGUAUUUUCGGCUUCUUGGAAAAGGCUCCUGUCAUGCAUCAAUGGAUACGAUUGAAGAUGGGUCAUUCACGUUGUCUAAUGAUUUGUGGAGAAUAAGUGGAAUAAAUUCCAACUAUACAUUGUGCCCUACUUACCCCUUCGCCUUGAUUGUUCCAAGAUCCAUUGGUGAUGAAGAAAUUCUCCAGGCUUCCAGCUUUCGUGCAAAAUGCCGAUUGCCUGUAGUUUCAUGGUGUCAUCCAGUAACUGGAGCAGUUCUUGCACGCUCAUCUCAGCCCCUAGUUGGUCUCAUGAUGAAUAUGAGGAGCAAUACAGAUGAAAAGAUUGUUGCAGCACUUUGCACUCAACUUGCAGGUGCAAGGGAGACACGGAGGAAGCUAUAUAUCGCUGAUGCAAGACCUAGAAAAAAUGCUUUAGCAAACGGAGCAAUGGGAGGUGGCUCAGAGUCCUCUUCUCAUUAUUUUCAGUCUGAGAUAGUUUUCUUUGGGAUAGACAAUAUACAUGCAAUGAGGGAGAGUUUUGCUCGGCUCAGGGACUACUUAGACACUUAUGGCACUGCUUCAUCAGAUGGAAUGUCUUCAUUCUUGAGACAUGGUGGAUGGAGUUGGGGCGGAGGCAACCUCAGCAGUAUGUCUGCUUCGGUAUCAACGCUUGGAGACAGUGGUUGGUUAAUACAUGUUCAAAGUGUCUUGGCUGGUUCUGCUUGGAUUGCUGCACGUGUUGAAUUGGAAUCAGCUUCAGUGCUUGUCCAUUGCAGUGAUGGAUGGGAUAGAACAACUCAGUUAGUCUCACUUGCCAAUUUGAUGCUUGAUCCAUACUAUCGGACAUUUAAAGGGUUCCAGGCACUUGUUGAAAAAGACUGGCUUGCAUUUGGUCAUCCAUUUUCAGAUCGCAUGGGGAUGCCAACUGUAUCUGGAAGUGUUAACAUGCCCUUUGAAUUAUCCAGGCAGCCAUCAAGUGGGAGUUUCUCAUCAUCACCCAUGCGCCAGCCAUCUGGAUCACUCGCAUCUCAAGCUCCUCCUUCACAUGCACAAACUUCUAACAACUACUCUCCCAUAUUCUUGCAGUGGGUCGAUUGUGUAUCACAACUGUUGCGGAUGUAUCCUUUUGCUUUUGAGUUCUCCUCGGCUUUCCUAGUGGAUUUCUUGGACUGUGUGCUUUCCUGCCGCUUUGGGAAUUUUUUGUGUAAUAGUGAAAAGGAAAGGCUGCAAUGUGGUGUUUCCGACGCUUGUGGAUGCAUGUGGAAGUAUUUGGCUGAUUUGCGUGCUUCUGAGGGAAAGUAUCAUGUUCACUAUAACCUCUUUUUUGAUCCAAAUAGACAUGGAAGUGCAAUAUUACCUCCUGCGGCAGCUCUAGCACCAACUCUGUGGCCCCAAUUUCAUCUUCGGUGGGCUUGUCCUUCUGAGGAUCAAGCUGGGGAACUUGAAGCCGAGUGCAGGAAAAUGGCCGAGAAGUUCUCUGAACUGAAAAAGGAAAAAGAGGUGGCAGAAAGGAAAGCUAAAGAAAUCACUACUACCAUUGAGUCACUAUCAGCAGAGUUAAGAAAGGAGAAGCAACUCAGUAGCUCAGCCAUGAACUUGGCCAAGAGGGCCAGCAAGGAAAGUGCAGCCAUAAAGCGAGCAGUUGAGUCAUUGGGAUGCAAGGUUCACUUUUCAGACAGUGGAUAUUUGGUCGACAUUGAAAGGAAUCCACAGAAGUCUAUGCAUUCCCCAUCAAGAAGAGAAGCGGAUGGUAGUGUGCAACAUGAUGAGAAAUCAGAUCUUUCUGUUUCUAUAUCAGUUGCAGCUGAGGAUGCUAUUUGUAGCAAUCCACUUAGUCGGGUGUGUGAAACUCUAUGCCCAUUGCACACCCGAGAGGGAGGAUGCAGGUGGCCAGAUGCUGGUUGUGCACAGUUUGGAAGCCAGUUUGUGGGUCUGAAGGCUAACUUUGAUGCAUUUGAUCGUCUUUCAAUUUUUGACGGUUAUUUUGAAUCUUGAUGAAACCUUUCUGGGGUUUUAGGUUGUCAUUAUAUUCAGUUGAGGAUCUUUCCAAAGGGAGGGAAUCAAAUGGGGUAUAGAUUUAAAAAAUUUUGUUGGAGAGAAGAGAUUCAAAGAGAGAUUCAAACUCUGAAUGGAAUGAAACAUAAUAGAGCGAUCAUUAAAGUGGUCUAUAGCCAUCAUAUGAGGGUGGGUAUGAGGACCGUUUGCACAGGCAGAGCAGACAAUUAAUAGCGGGUUUAUCUGAGAUUAGUUUAGACAAUUGAUGAAGACUGAGAACCAAAGCUCUAUUAUAUCCUAUGUAACUCUAAUACAUUAUCUUGUAAGCCUAGCUUCUUCUUCAUUUCCCCAUUCAUCUCAGUGUAGGCCUAGUUUGUAUACAGAUUUUAGUUCAAAUCAAUAAAUUGUUCUCUAUUAUAUGUUAA